AUGCAGUUGCGGCACUUUGAGCAAGUGUGCAAGUUUCUGGAUACGAAGUUCAAGACGGAAUUUCCCGAUGGUGUCAGUUCGCUCAUGCCCGCAUCCGACUCUGCAGGCAAGGAGGUUCCUGCUGAAGUUCGCGACUUUCAGUGCGCGUGUCUUGGAGCUUGCUUGACACAGCUCUUCAUGACGUCCGUGGUGCCGAAGGCGAAAGAACCGGAGCUGGCGCAAAUGGAGAAGAAGAACAUCGUCAACGCCACUAUCAAAGACAUUUCGGAUUUCCUGACCAUCUGGAAGGCUUCGUCCUUGCAGAGCCAGCUUUCGGAAGCCAAGUGCCUCAUCGUGGAGGACAUCAACAAGGUAGCAAACCUGGUGGCAGCGACCUUGCAGCCACAUGGUCUUGAUUCAGCCGCCUGCGAGCAGCUGGAGAAUGCCAGAACUAGCCUCACGAAAGCCAGAAGUGGUCCCUUGUACACUGCCGUGGCAAUGAGCCCUGUGGGGGUUGAGAUUUGCUCUCGGGUUUCGCAGCUCGUGCAGCAGCAUCGCUCUGACCUCCUGCUUGCGCUUGACAUCGACUCAGCCGUCAAUCUUGCCCAAGGCAUGAGAAACUUUGAUGCUGAGGUCCUCCUGAAGCAGAGGGAUGGUGGCGAGUGGGAUAUUGUCAUCCCCGGGCAAGCGAAGUUCGUGGAGAUGACGGCCAAGUUUUUGGGCUUCAGGGAGAAGGCCAGCGAGGAACUCCUGGCAAGUUCGCAGGAUGCUGUCAAGCUAGUCAGUGCCAAAGUCGACGAGCUGUAUGGAGCUUUGAUGUCCGUUGUUCGUGCAAAGUAUGCAAAGCAGUUUGGCGAACCCCUUCUGCGCCACAUGCAAAUUUGGGCGAAGGGUUCAUUGGGAGCCGAUGGCCCGGUGUUGUUCGAGAUGAUCGGUCAAAUGGGUGGCUUUCAUCCACUGGCAAAGGUUCCCCUUGCCAAGCUUCUCGGCAAGUCUUUGGCAGAAAGCUUGGAGCAGGAGAUCUCAGUCGUCAAGGCAUACAUGAGUGUGUUGAAGGAUGCUUUCCAGGUCAUCACGAAAGUUCUCACUGAGGAUGUCAACGAGGACCUCAUCUCCGAGCCCCAGGUUGCCAAGCUCUUCGGCAAGCUAAACGACAAGGAGGCCAGGAAGCAGCUAGCAUCGACAGUUCCCUUCUUGGACAAGGCCUUGGACAAUCUUGCUGGGGCUAUGCAGCUGUGCCUCGAGAGGUGGCUCGCUCAGGUCAGCUCCACGUUCGCCAGCUUUGCAGGCAAGCUGCUCGAGCCUGAAGUCACAGACGACAUGGUCCAGGGCACACUUCGAGAGGAGGUUCUUGGAGUCUUGGAGAUCCAUGCCGAGGACUCUUCAGAGACCAAGCAGGACCUCGACUGGUUCUUCGCCUUUUCUUCCUAUUUCAAGUACUUCGGUGGGAGCAAGGUUGCACUCAAACUGGAUGGCCCGGAUGGCCAAACAAAUGUGCAGGUGCACGCUGCCUUCCUUUGCAUAGUCGGUGCUCUUUUGCGAGUUGCGAAGUAUGUCAUGGUUUGUGUGAACAAACUGAAGGAAUGUAAGGGCGCAAAGCUCUGGAAGGACAUGCUGCUCGCGACCAUGCAGGCCAAGAAGGAGUCCCCCAUCCAGUGGGACACCAAAACAUCUCGGCUGCUUGGCUGUCAGUUCGUUUUCGGCAAGCUCGCGUCGGCCUCCAAGCAUUUCGACGAGAUGCUUGUCCAGGCUGUCGCCCUCACAGGCAACAUGGAUGGUGUCAGUGCUUUCUACAAGGCCCUUCAAAAGACCAUGCGGGAAUCGUGCGGCGACAUCGUGGCGGUUAUGGCCAACGACAUCGAAAGCCUCGUCUCGAGUGUCAAGGGCUUCUACACAGACCUGAUGACCGCGCAGGAUGCUGUGGCCAUCUUCCAGUCAGACCCUUUGGACAAGCAGGCCAUCUCGGACUUAGCAAACGAUUCGAAUAUGCAAAAGCUCGUUCAUUCAGGUACUCGGGCCGAUCGCAUUCUUUCAGAAAGUGCUUCCUUCUUGAGUGACUUGAAGCUGGUGCCAGUGAGCGAUUGGAUGACUGAAGUUACCAGUUCUCUGAUUGCGGCUACCUUGGUUGACGUCAGGGACUUCCAAGCAGUCAACGGUGCAGUGGCUCAGGACAACCAGUCUGGCAAAGCCACUAUGGCAACCGUCCGGUACAUGAAUGGAAGCAUGACCUUGGCUCAAGCAUUGACUCGGACCUUGCAACCAGGUGAAACCCGGCUUGGGCUGGUCAGCAGGUGCCAGAACAUCUUGGAGAAAAAGAAGAUCCUUGCUGAACCGGCUCUGUCCAAGAGGGCCGCCGCCCUGAAGGGAAGCACCAAGUGA